UAUCGUUGUGCCUACGUCUGCUACAUCCAUCUCCAUCCUCUCCGUCUCUUCUUCUCUCUUCGUCCUCACUUCUCUUCUCCGUCUCUGGCUCCUCGGUUGGUUCUGGCAUCUAGGUAUCCCGCAUCAUGUCUCGCUUCGUGCGCCCCAGCAGCUACCGUCACGUGUACGGGCAGCCGUCGAAGGUCCACUACGAGAAUGCAAAGAUCAGCGGAAGCGCAUGGGACACUAACCUGAUUACUGUCGGAGGAAAAUACCUCGCCGUCAACUGGCAGGUCUCGGGCGGUGGAGCGUUCGCCAUCCUUCCCGCGUUCUCGCCGUACGCACUUCCCGAGCCCUCCGGAUUCCCGACCAAGCUUCCCGACAUUCUUCCCCUUGCGCGUGGGCACUCGGCGCCUGUUCUCGACACGGCAUGGUCGCCUUUUGACGAUGACCUUGUGGUUUCCGCGGGCGAGGACGGGAAGAUCUUCAUCUGGAAGGUCGAUGAGUCGAUCUUCGAGGGCUGGGGCGAGGACAAGUGGGAGCCAGAGGACUUUGCCCCGGUCGGCAGGCUGAAUGCGGGCGGGCGUAAGGUCGGGCAGGUCGAGUUCCACCCCUCCGCUGCCAACGUCCUCACCUCCGCUUCUGGUGACCACCUCGUGCGCGUGUGGGACAUCGAGGGGUCGACGGACAAGCCGACGCUGUCGCUCGCAGGGCACAAGGACAGCGUGCAGUCCAUCGCCUGGAACUCUGUCGGCACAAUGCUCGCGACGACUUGUCGUGACCGUAAGCUGCGUAUCUUCGACCCGCGCGCAGGCGCCGACGCCGUUCGCGUCGCCGAGGGACACGGUGGUAUCAAGGGCUCGCGAGUUGUGUGGCUCGGUGACCGCGACCGUCUCGCCACUACCGGCUUUAGCCGCAUGUCCGACCGUCAGCUCAUGCUCUGGGAGACGGCGGGGCUCACCAACCUGCAGACGGAGAGCCUCGACUCGUCAGCUGGUAUAAUUAUCCCAUACUUCGCUGAAGGGAACGACGUCCUUUUCCUCGCGGGCAAGGGCGACGGUAACAUGCGCUACUUUGAGUAUGAGGGUGACCACUUCCACUUCCUCAACGAGUACAAGACGUCCGACCCACAGCGCGGUGUCGGGUUCCUGCCGCGCCGCGCGCUCGACGUCUCGCAAAACGAAAUCGCGCGCGCGUUCAAGCUUUCCAACCGCGAUAUCACCCCACUGUCCUUUAUCGUGCCCCGCAAGGCCGAAGGGUUCCAGAGCGACAUUUUCCCGCCGGCCAACUCCUCUGAGCCUGCUCUUAAGGCUCACGAGUGGUUCGGCGGCAAGGACGCACGCCCCAAUGUCGUCGACCUUGAGACACGCGCCGUUAGCGCCAACAAGGCGCCGCUGGCGACGCCCAAGCCUACGGCGCCGAGCACGCCUAAGCCUUCUUCGCCCAAGCCGGAGCAGAAGGAGUCGAAGCUGAGGGCAGAGAUCAAGCCCGAGCCUGAGGUCAAGAAGGAGGAGCCGAAGCCCGCGCCCAAGGCCGCGACACCACCGCCCAAGGAGGAGCCCAAGGUUGAGCCUAAGAAGGUGGAGCCGGAGGUCACGAGCCGCGACCUCGAGAUCGAGCAGCCCGACAGCAGUGACGACGAGAAGGAGGCGCCAAAGGCCGCGCUUAGCGUCGCCUCGGCGGUUGGUGGAGGAGCCGCGCUGGGCGCUGCAGCUCUCGCCGCCAAGCCGGCUUCCGGCGCAGCCUCGGGUGCUGCCUCUCCCAAUGGCGGGACAGUUAACACAUCUGACGAUCUCCUCGUGAAGCUCCUCAACCCGGGUGCCACACUUCCAACGCGCGGAUCGGCUCUCUCCGCCGGCCACGACCUGUACGCAGCCGACGGCAUCACCGUCCCUGCGCGUGGCAAGGCGCUUGUCUCUACGGGUCUCGCCAUCGCUGUGCCUGCAGGCACGUACGGGCGGAUCGCGCCCCGUUCGGGACUGGCAUCCAAGCACAGCAUUGACGUGGGGGCCGGUGUCGUCGACGCCGAUUACCGCGGCGAGGUCAUGGUCCUGCUCUUUAACUACGGCAGUGACGACUUCACGGUCGCUAAGGGCGACCGCGUCGCGCAGCUCAUUCUUGAGCGCGUGCACAUGGCUCCGGUGCGCCAGGUCGAGGACCUUGAGGCGACGCUGCGCGGCGCCGGCGGUUUCGGGUCUACGGGCGGCUUUGCCUAACUUGGUAUCACGAAAGAUGUAUGACCUGAUGCUCUGA